UGAUAUUUUCGCAAAGAUGAAGGCUGUUCUGGUGAUUUGUGUGCUAUCGGUGAUAGUGUCCUCCAUUCAUGGCCGCACCAUGGAUCGCUGUACUCUGGCCCGGGAGAUGUCCGCCUUGGGGGUACCCCGGGAUCAGCUGGACAAGUGGACGUGCAUCGCAAAGCACGAGAGCUCCUUCCGCACCAGUGUGGUGGGCCCGGCCAACUCCAACGGAUCCAACGACUACGGCAUCUUCCAGAUCAACAACAAGUACUGGUGCCAGCCGGCAGACGGAAGAUUCUCCUACAACGAGUGCAAGCUGAGCUGCAACGCCCUGCUGACAGACAACAUCAGCAACUCGGUGAAGUGCGCCCAGAAGAUCCAGCGGCAACAGGGCUGGAAGGCCUGGUCCACUUGGAAAUACUGCAGCGGAUCCUUGCCCUCGAUCAGUGAUUGUUUUUAGAGUCCAUACCGAACAAAGUAUUAACUGAAUAAAUAACACAAAAAUGA